AUGAAGGAGUACAACAUCAAACUCGACAUGGACGCCAAGCACCACUUUACCCGCUCGGUUGAAUUUGCGGUUAUAUCAGUACUGGCCGAGUAUUCAAAGACUGUUCAGAUAUAUGCUAUCCUUUUCGCCGAAAACCUUGGAACGCGAGAUAUGGUUGACCGUUGUCAUCGAGGAGGAGAUAAGAAAUUCUCUAGUCCCAAGGGAGGAUCAUUGGUUGCGAGUGGUCAAAAUAGAGGAAACGAAAAGUUGCAUUAUGAAUUAGGAGCGGACGGGUGUUUGGGGUUCGUGUGCUGCGUGGAGGUGGAUAAGUCGUGUUGGUAUGUGGAAAUUAAAUCGCGACGUACACGGACAACGCUGUUGUAUAUGUCGCACAGGAUAGUUUUCUACAACAGUACCGUCACUGAAGGGAGCAGAAUCACGUACACUUCAAACCUUGUGGUCAAUGUGAAACGGAGAGUGAUACCACAAUUCUGGUCCCGCUACCAACCAGAAUCAUCCCUCAUGACCUAUACCUUGUGGUCAACAUCUAGCAUCCGCAUUCUUAUCCCAUCCAUUGAAAUCGGAGAGGGGACUAAGAGGCGUGGUAAUCUAACAUCAAAAGAUACCGUUAUCACUGUUUCCCACAGCCAGAAUCGAGAGAUGAAUCGAAUAAGGCGUGUCCAACUGUACGCCUCUGGACCCUCUCUUUCUCUUCACAUUCAAGGGGGCAUUAAUUAUCUCCAGGGAGGAACACAGCGCCACAGCGAUGUCCCCUUGGAUGAUGCGGCACAAUCUCACCUCAGGGAGGACGGUAUGGCAUUCAUGGGAGGUGCGCACAUUCUUCAUAGAAAUUCAACUUUGCCCAGUCUAACGUUGGAGAGAAAGGAAUUCAAAAAGCAAACUCCGAGCAUGGAGGACACAACGAAGCAAGAUGCUCCGGGUGUACACCCGUUGAGCAGAAUCCGAAAGGGAUUACUGGAUCAACUAGUGCUCGAAGAUCCAAAUCUCAAAAUGCGCAAGGACGUAGAAGUCGGGCACCCUGAAAAGUGGCCGGUGUGUGCAACAAGGACGCUAGUCGAGGGGUCAAACGCGCUGAGAAAAUAUCGCUGUGAUAUUAGUGGAGAUUGGUUCAAAACCGGUUGGGAAAUGUUGGAACAACGUUUCAACGUUGGACGGAUGGGAAAAUGUAUUUAUCUUAUCGGUGGAUCUAUUUAA